AGCAGACUCGGCUCAAGGCUAUUUCCGUUCUGUCCGUUUACUUCCUUCACCUACGUGAGCAUUCGGUUCACAUAAACCGCGCAUCACGUCUGUCACAUCCGUGUUCAUCGCCAGCGAGCAGACUUCUUCACGACUCACAAAUUCUCGAGACAUGACGACGCUUUCAACACCUUGGUAUAUGUUGUGUCUAGUAUUGUCCGUUGCGCAAUGUCUUGAGGCAUUGCAUACCUCUUCCAUUCACACGGAUGCGCACGUCCACAAUGGCGGAUAUGAUCACAUCAUGUUGUUUGCGAUGGCCAAAGUUGGUUCAGAAACCAUGAAGGCGAGCCUCAAUGCUACAUACGUGCCCGGUACUCUUAUAUCGUACCCUCCGAUCGUUAAAGUGCAUUAUGCAAAGGUUGCCAAUGAUUACAUGCAGAAGCUGCCGCCUGGAAGCAAUACGUUGGUUAUAUCCAUCGUGCGCAACCCAAUUGACCAGCAGAAGUCUUUGUUUUUUCAACUCCUGGAGGAUGGAUUCUACCCAGGCCUGAAAUUGGGUCAAGCGAGUGUUGCGCAGCUGGUUGAAGAAUUCCCCAAACGUAUAGGCCCGUCCGCAUUCAGCGACCAUUGGAAGACUCUGGCGGAACUCACAGGUGUAGAUGUGAUGGAGCAGCAGUUCGAUUUCGACGGGCACCAACUCCUUGCACAUAAUGCUGCGACAAACGUAUCGGUUCUCGUGCUGCGCUUGGAAGACAUCGGCUAUUGGCAGGAAAUCAUGAAGCAGCAUGUCCCCAAUUUUGUUCUGAGGACGCAGAACGUUGGCUCCCAGAAGGGAUACGCGGAUCAGUACGAAGCCUUCAAGAAGUCUUAUAGAUUCCCACCUGAUGCGCUCCGCACGAUUCGGUCCCACAAGCACAACCAUUUCUACACAACCGAAGAGCGAAACCGAUUCGAAACAUUGGAACGUCAUCCGGCGCAGUAAUCACGAGGAACGGGCGGGGGGUGCAAUUGACCCAGACUACGCCGCAGAUGGAAGACACGCAGUGUCUCCGAGAUAUAUGGAUGAGGACAACAGUGUGAUCGAAGGAUGCAUCCGUUUGGAACCUUGCCUGUCGCUCUGAUCUGCUCCGCCCUGCUGUCGCCCAGCUUUUCGCUGCGGCUGAGAUUUAAAGACUUCGUAAACAAUCACGCCCGCAGUUCUGGACCUCGCCCUUCCGCGUCGUCCUCCGAGCCGCGUCGACCCGCGAGGGCCCCGGGCCCCGACGAAAGGCGCAAAUGCUGGGCUGGCA